AUGACUUCUGGGCAGCCAUUGCUAUCCUCAUCUGAUUCUUCAUCAGCACCAGUGAUUCACUCCUCUUCUCUCACUAAGAACCUUGCCCGUCUCUGCUCCAAUGCUUCCUUUUCUUCUUCCAGUCUUGACAACAAUGACGAUGCUCAAAGUGAUCUAUUUGAAGUGAAGGACAACACUCUCGUUUCUGGUUGCUCUGAGAAACCCUUGGAAAAUUUCAGUACUCCUGCAGCAGCAACGCAGUUUCAUCCAGCAGGGUCUCAGUUAUUUCCGCGGUUUCCGUUGGAAAACCCCACGCGGGAUAGAACACGCCUGGUGUCGUGGGGUGCCAUGGAACUGCAUAAUGCCAAUACAAAUUCAGGAACUCUUGAAAUCUCCCAGGCUCCAUCAAGGGUUCAGGAAAAGUUGUGUCAGAGGAUCCGCCACAAAAGUGUGCAGUUUGAUGAUAACCUGCUACAUGAUGACAAUCCAAGGUUAAUCUAUAUUAAUGAUCCGAAGAGGACAAAUGACAAAUAUGAGUUCACCGGGAACGAGAUUCGAACUAGCAAGUACACCAUCAUUACCUUCUUGCCCAAGAAUCUUUUCAUUCAGUUUCACCGGGUUGCGUACUUGUAUUUUCUAGCUAUUGCUGCUCUGAACCAGCUUCCACCUCUAGCAGUCUUUGGAAGAACAGUGUCUCUUUUUCCCCUUCUGUUUGUGCUCUGUGUCACAGCUAUCAAAGAUGGCUAUGAAGAUUGGCGCAGGCAUAGAUCAGACAGGAAUGAGAAUAACCGGGAGGCUUUAGUGUUUCAAUCUGGCCAAUUUCAACCAAAGAAAUGGAAACAUAUUCAAGUGGGUGAGGUUCUGAAGAUUUGUGCUGAUGACACAAUUCCUUGUGACGUGGUCUUGUUAGGGACAAGUGACCCUAGUGGAAUUGCCUAUAUUCAAACAAUGAAUUUGGAUGGUGAGUCGAACUUGAAAACAAGGUAUGCUCGGCAGGAAACAACUUCAGCAGUAUCUGAAGGGUGUACAUUUUCGGGGCUCAUCAGAUGUGAACAACCUAAUCGGAAUAUCUAUGAGUUCACGGCCAACAUGGAGUUUAAUGGGCAUAAAUUUCCGCUAAGCCAAUCGAACAUAGUUUUGCGUGGUUGCCAGUUGAAGAACACAGACUGGAUAAUUGGUGUUGUGGUAUAUGCUGGACAGGAAACAAAGGCAAUGCUGAAUAGUGCAGCUUCUCCUUCCAAGAGAAGCAAACUGGAAAGCUACAUGAACAGGGAAACCUUUUGGCUGUCAAUUUUCCUAUUUAUUAUGUGUGCAGUUGUGGCCACUGGCAUGGGCCUGUGGCUCAUACACCAUAAACAUCAGAUUGAUACCUUGGCUUAUUACAGGAAAAGAUACUACUUAUCUGGGAGGGAUAAUGGAAAAACCUUUAGAUUUUAUGGAAUUCCUAUGGAGAUUUUUUUUUCCUUUUUGAGUUCUAUCAUAGUGUUUCAGAUAAUGAUACCAAUCUCUCUGUAUAUUACUAUGGAAUUGGUUCGUUUGGGCCAGUCGUAUUUCAUGAUUGAAGAUAGGCAUAUGUUUGACAGUAGCUCUGGCUCAAGGUUCCAGUGCAGGUCCUUGAAUAUAAAUGAGGAUUUGGGUCAAAUACGAUAUAUAUUUUCAGACAAAACAGGGACACUUACUGAAAACAAAAUGGAAUUCAGAAGAGCAAGUAUAUUUGGGAGGAAUUUUGGGACCACUUUGCAGGAAGAGAAUGAUGCAGGAGUAGGUUUAGGUAGAAAGAGAUGGAAGCUUAAAAGCGAAAUUGCUGUAGAUCAUGAGCUCAUGGAGUUUUUGCACAAAGACUUAAGUGGAGAUGACAGGAUUGCUGCACAUGAGUUUUUCCUUACAUUGGCUGCUUGUAAUACUGUGGUUCCGAUUGUCAGUAAUGGUACAUCUUCCAUUUCUGCAAAAAGUGAAUUAGAUGAUGAUGUAGAAGCUAUUGACUAUCAGGGGGAAUCUCCAGAUGAGCAAGCGCUAGUUUCUGCAGCCUCUGCUUAUGGAUAUACGCUUUUUGAGCGCACAUCUGGGCAUAUUGUUAUUGACGUCAAUGGUGAGAAACUAAGGUUGGAUGUAUUGGGUCUGCAUGAGUUUGAUAGCGUGCGGAAACGGAUGUCUGUUGUUAUCAGAUUUCCGAACAAUGCUGUAAAGGUGUUGGUGAAAGGUGCCGAUACUACUAUGUUCAGCACUUUAACAAAUGACUCUGAAAGGGAUGAUGAUGUGAAACAUUCAACUCAGAGCCAUCUGAGUGAGUAUUCCUCACAAGGUUUACGUACUCUUGUAGUUGCUGCCAGGGAUCUUACAGAUGAAGAACUUCAGCAGUGGCAAUGCAUGUAUGAAGAUGCAAGUACCUCGUUGACUGAUCGAUCCUUGAAGUUACGUCAAACGGCAGCUACCAUAGAAUGCAACUUAAAGCUGCUGGGGGCUACUGCAAUUGAGGAUAAGCUACAAGAUGGUGUGCCAGAAGCUAUUGAGUCCCUCCGGCAAGCAGGAAUCAAGGUCUGGGUUCUGACUGGAGAUAAGCAAGAGACUGCCAUUUCGAUUGGUCUAUCAUGCAAACUCUUGACAGCAGAUAUGCAACAAAUUAUCAUAAAUGGAAAUUCUGAGGAUGAGUGCAGAAAUCUUUUGACUGAUUCUAUGCUAAAAUAUGGUGUGACAUCAUCCAAUACAAGAGAUCAGAGUUUCAAAUUGAAAAAGAAUGCUGAAAAUGGCUAUCUUGAGAUACCUGGGAAUGCAAAGACAUCCAGUGUGCCUCAAUGGAAUGCAGGGAAGGAAGAAGAAAUGAUAAUUGCACCAUUAGCACUUAUAAUAGAUGGGAACAGUUUGGUGUACAUUUUGGAGAAGGAUUUGGAGUCAGAGCUUUUCGACCUUGCCACUUCCUGUAGUGUUGUGUUAUGCUGUCGUGUUGCACCUUUGCAGAAAGCUGGAAUUGUUGAUCUAAUUAAGACCCGUACUGAUGAUAUGACACUGGCUAUAGGUGAUGGGGCAAAUGAUGUUUCAAUGAUUCAAAUGGCGGAUGUUGGAGUUGGAAUUUGCGGUCAGGAGGGUCGUCAAGCUGUGAUGGCAUCAGACUUUGCUAUGGGACAGUUUCGGUUUUUGAAAAGAUUACUUCUGGUCCAUGGACACUGGAAUUAUCAGCGUGUUGGCUAUAUGGUUCUGUACAACUUCUACCGCAAUGCAGUUUUUGUAAUGAUGCUAUUUUGGUAUAUAUUAUCGACAGCCUUUUCAACAACUUCUGCGUUAACAGAUUGGAGUAGUGUUUUCUAUUCUGUAAUUUAUACUUCUCUACCUACCAUUGUGGUUGGUAUACUGGACAAAGAUCUGAGCCACAAGACACUGUUACAAUAUCCGAAACUCUAUGGUGCGGGCCAUAGACAUGAGGCAUACAAUUUACAUCUCUUCUGGAUCACAAUGCUUGACACGCUAUGGCAGAGUCUUGUUCUAUUCUAUGUACCCCUCUUCACCUAUAAGGAUAGCUCAAUUGAUAUAUGGAGCAUGGGCAGUUUGUGGACAAUAGCCGUUGUUGUCCUUGUGAAUGUACAUUUGGCAAUGGACAUUCAUCGUUGGGUAUUUAUCACUCAUAUUGCAGUAUGGGGAUCAAUAGUUAUCACAUAUGCCUGUAUGGUGGUAUUGGAUUCCAUACCUGUUUUUCCUAAUUACUGGACUAUAUACCGUAUGGCAAAGUCUCCCACAUAUUGGAUCGCCAUUUUGCUUAUAACAGUUGUAGCGUUGCUCCCUCGUUUUGUAUUGAAAGUUGUGCAUCAAAUUUUUUGGCCUUCAGAUAUCCAGAUAGCUAGAGAAGCGGAGAUAUUAAGUAGACAACAUAAACAUUUGAGCUCAAAGCAAGAUGAAGGUUCAAGUUGA